AUGGGGUGGAAGAUUGGCAGUGUUGUGGUGCUGAGGGUGGACGUCAGGUAUUGGUUAUGGGUUGUGUUUUGGGGUUGUGUCGUCGCUAACGACGGUGUUUGGCCGCCGGAUGGCGGUACAUCGUUGACUAUUGUGACACAGUCUGCCGGUGUCACAGGUGUGACAACCGGCUCUAGUGACGUCAUUGGUCGUAUCGAGCUGUUUUGUUGCCUUGAGGGUUCACCGGCGGUUUCGUUCGUCAUCCUGGGGGUGAACCGGAGUGUGGUUUUGUGUAUCGCUUGUCACACAAAUGGAUGA